AUGAAGUUGGUUAUCGUUUUGGUCGCACUAUUCGGUACUGUGUAUCUUAACGCUGUACCAACAUUAAACCAACAUCAUGAACAACCAGAACUAGAGCUACCCUACGAUGAGGAGGCUCACAUGAAAGUGCCUGAACUGCUGCAAAAGCAUGGCUAUCCUUGCGAAACCUACCAGAUCCAAACCUCUGACAAUUAUUUGCUGACAGUCCAUAGGAUUCCUUCGGGAGUCACAGGGAAGAACAACGGAAGGGUUGCCUUCUUGCAGCACGGCCUGAUUUCUUCGUCCGCCGAUUGGAUCAUCACCGGACCUGGCAAAGGCUUAGCUUACAUUCUGGCUGACUUGGGUUAUGACGUUUGGAUGGGCAACGGUCGAGGUAAUACUUACUCCAGAAACCACACCGUCUACAACCCCGACAAAGACUCCAAGUUCUGGCAGUUCAGCUGGCACGAAAUCGGUGCCAUCGAUCUUCCCGCAAUGAUCGACCUGACCUUGGAGAUAACUGGAGCCGACGGCGUCUAUUAUGUGGGACACUCACAAGGAACCACCAGUUAUUACGUCAUGUUGAGCGAACAUCCCGAAUAUAAUAAUAAAAUCAAGGUCCACGUCAGUAUGGCCCCCAUUGCUUACAUGAAUCACAUGACCAGCCCCUUGCUUAAACUUAUCGCCUUCUGGAACAAAACCCUUGGAGCUUUGAUGUCGCUGAUUGGUAUCAACGAGUUCCUUCCAAGCAGCGAUUUCUUGGCGUUGGCAGGGUCGGCACUGUGCAGCGACGACUCCUUAACUCAGGUGUUAUGCACCAAUGGACUUUUCGCCAUUUGCGGCUUCAACAAGGACGAGAUGAACGCCACCAUGUUGCCAACUUUGAUGGGUCACACUCCGGCAGGUUCCUCAACCAGACAAUUUUUGCAUUACGGACAAGAAAUUAAAUCAGGUUACUUUAGACAAUACGAUCAUGGCCUUAUUGGUAACAUAAAAGCUUAUGGAAAAGCUACUCCUCCAAAAUAUGACCUUAGCAAAAUUACGGCUCCAAUUUAUAUAAUCUACAGCAAUAAUGACUGGUUGUCCGCAACUAAAGAUGUGGAUAGACUUUAUAACCAACUUACAAACGCACCAACAAAGGCCAAGUUUUUGCUCUCUAAUAACAAGAUUAAUCAUGUUGAUUAUAUGUAUGGUAUCCAUGCACCGACCCUAAUUUACAACAAAGUUAUUAGUCUUUUCGCCAGACACUAAUUAUAACAGACACAUG